ACUCACACUACUACACUCUCUUUCUCUUUCUCUUUCUCUUUCUCUCUCACUCCCACCAUUUAAUGCAUUGCUAACGCCUCCUUCCCUUCUUGAGCGUUGGGUCUCUCCACAAAAACACAGUAUUAAAUGCAGCAGCUGAGACCCUCACCCACCCUUUACCCCUCUAAACCAAAAAAAAAAAAAAAAACCCAAUCAAUCUCAAUCUCAAUUCUCUUUCUCUCCCUCACAAAUGGAGAUUUUCCCUUCUCUUUUUCCUUCUUCUUCUUUUCUUUCUUCCCAUUCUUCUUCUUCUUCCUCAUGUCCUCUCCUCACACAUACUUUGCCAACCUCGGCCUCGGCUACUCCAUAGCCAUCGCCCUCGCCUUCCUCGUCCUCCUCUCCACUCUCAUCCUCUCCUCCUACCUCUGCUGCCGUUCAAACCGCCACAAUUUUAACAACCCCACCACCACCACUACCAACAACCACAACUUCUCCGACGGUGGCAUCGUCCUGCCACGUGUGAUCUUCGUGGCGGAGGACGACGAUGACGAGGAGUCACAGCGCGGCGAGGAGGAGAACACCGCGGUGGGUCUGGACCAGAACGUGAUAAACUCGUACCCGAGGUUUCAGUUCAGCAGGGACAGUGGUGCGGGAGGACAGAGCACCACGUGUUCGAUUUGUUUGUGCGAGUACAAGGAUUCGGAGAUGCUGAGGAUGAUGCCGGAGUGUCGACACUACUUCCACCUCUGCUGCCUCGAUUCAUGGCUCAAGCUUAAAGGGUCGUGCCCUGUUUGUCGGAACUCGCCGCUCCCGACGCCGGUUUCUACGCCGCUGUCAACGCCGCUUCAGGAGGUGGUGCCGCUCUCUCAGUAUGCUGCUGAUCGGAGGCGAAGGAGGUGAAUUAAUUAAAUUUUUUUUUUUUUUUUGUAAAAGUGGGUGUUUUGGGCUUCUGAUGUGGGCUUUGCACUUUUAGGAAGAGAUGAAGAUGAAGGUCUUAUUUUAUUUAUUUUCAUGAGGGGGAAAUGGGAAAAAAUUUAAUUUAGUUGUAGCUGUUUGAUUAUGUAAUUCCAUAGAAGUGCUUUCUAUUUCACAUAACAUCAAUUCUUCAAGUAAAUGUUCUUUUAGUC